AGGGUUCUCGUUCUGCAUCUCUAAAUUGAAAUCAUGGGUCGUCACCGUAGCGGCGGGGGAAAAAGAAUUUCUAUCCUUUUUGCUUUUUCCCUCAUUUCCUUUCUCUUGCAAAGCAUUUGUUGAAGGCAGAAGCGGUUAUUUUGCUGGCGUUGAGUUUCACGACGGAGAGCAAAUAAGCUUUUGUAACUUUCUGCCAAAUGGAAGGUUCUUAGCCUUCUCUCUCUCUGUGAAUUCUUCACUGCAAAUCAAACACUACGUCGUCGUCGUCAUCAUCUUCCUGGUCUUUCUUACUUUAUCACUAAAGCUGAUCCAGCAGCUACUUCAGGUAAGUGUAAAUCUCUUUCUUUGAGCCUCACUUUCUACAUUUCUUCUGUGUUCAGGCCUUCUAUUUUUCACGCUGUGCUUUAGGUUAGUUAUUCCUUGUAAUUACUUCAGAUAUUGAGUAUGUUUUGGAGUUCUAAAUCUCCUUUAAGAGUUUUGAUUUGGUUGGAAAAUGUUUGGUCUUUUAGACUAUGAACUCUUCUACUUGAUAAAUUACCUGAGAUUUAUGACUAUUUGAGAAAUAUGUUUAUGGGUUAGUACCUACCUAUAUGUCUGUGAUUGCGUGCACAAACUGUGGGAUAGAUAUUCAUUGAGAAUUGGUUUUUUGAUUUUGAGCUCCUUGCAGUGAAUUGGAUUUUUUUUUUUUUAAGUUGGUUAUAUCUUUGGCAAUUUAUUGUUCCUUAAUACUUGAAAGGGUCAAUUUUUACUCACUCUUGGCUUUAUCCCUUAAUGGUAUUGUCUUUAGAUUAGAAGAUUUCAACUACUUUAAAUGCUUGUUACUGUAUAGGCUACUUUUACAAUUGUCAUGAAUUUGGGUUUGUGUACUGUUUGUAUUUUGGAUUGGUGGCUUUUAGAAGAUAAUUAGGUUUAGAUAUGUUGAUUACUGUAUAGGAGAAUCUUGAGAUUGUAAUUCAGAUAGUUUUUAUGGGAUGGUCUGUUUUAGACUGGCCGGUUUAUCAAAUUUGUUGGCUUUCUCUUUUUAGAGUUUGGUUCUUAUGUUGUUAUUUUCAUCUUGUUGGUCUUCUGUUUGAAUUUUCAGAUUAAAAGGAUAGAAUUGUGUCAAUUGUCCUUAAUUAAGCAGGUUUGGGCAUAUAGAAAGGAAAAAGGAGUUGGAGUUUUGUCCGAAAUUGUGAUGUCUCCGCCACUGCUUGGUGCUGGGGAGGAAGCGAAUCAGAGUAACAUCACUUUGUUGGCUUCUCCGGCCUCCUUGGACCAUAAUAUAUGUCAAAACAUCUCGGGACUGAAAGAGCAUAACUACAUGGGGUUGUCUGAUUGUUCUUCCGUAGGUAGCUCUACAAUAUCCACCACAUCGGGAGACAAUAAUGGCUGUCUGAAUUUGAAGGCCACAGAACUGAGGCUUGGGCUUCCUGGAUCCCAGUCUUCAGAGGGGGAUUCAGAGUUUUCCUUGCUGUGCUCGCCAAAUCUCGAUGAGAAGCCAGUUUUUCCUUUGCAUCCUUUGAAGUAUGGUAAUUAUUUGUUAUCACAUAAGACGGUUGGUCCUGGCAACAAAAGGGGUUUCUCAGAUGUUAUGGAGGGUUUUGCAGAGGGAACAUUUCUUGUCAGUUUGGAGGUAAAUGUGAUACUCUCACCCAGGCCUUCCCUGAACUCAGUUUUGAAAUCAGAUUCUGUGAAAGAAAACACUGGAACCCAACCACCCAAAACAAAAGAAAUCGUGUUGGCACUGCAAAUAACAACAGCAGUGCACCUGCUACAAAGGCACAGGUUGUGGGUUGGCCGCCUGCUAGAUCGUUUAGGAAGAACACAUUGGCUUCUACUUCAAAGAAUGCUUAGGAACAUGGACGGUGCUCCUUAUCUAAGGAAAGUGGACCUGAGAUCAUACUCUUCAUAUCAGGAGCUCUCUUCUGCCCUUGAGAAGAUGUUUAGCUGCUUUACCAUAGUUGACCUAUUUUACAGUUUCAAAUGGUACAGCAAUCGUCAGUAUGGGUCUCAUGGACCUCCAGGUAGGGAUAUGCUGAGUGAGCGCAAGCUGAAGGAUUUACUGCAUGGACCUGAGUACGUCCUUACUUAUGAGGAUAAAGAUGGGGACUGGAUGCUUGUUGGUGAUGUCACUUGGAGUAAGCUCCGAUUCCUUACAUUUGUUCUGUUAAUUGUACCUUCUUGUUGCCAUAGAUUUUACUGAUGAUUGAUUGGGUACGCAAAUAUGGUUUCUGUCACACUAGUAUGAUAUCACUACUUUUCAGGGCUUAAAAGAAAGUGACGAAGUGGCUAGUUUUGGAGGGGCUGCCUUGGGACUAUUAG